AUGCCGCGUCGGCGUGGUGGGUUUGGGCUGGCCAGCCUCCGACGGGAGCUGCACCUCCACAAUUUAUUCCGCGACUCGCCGCGCCGCGACGCGUCUUCUUCCGCGUCGCAGCGUGAUUCUGCUGGCCUGCCUGUAAGCGCGACGUUUAGCGCGCAUCUGACUCCGUCCGUACCGACGUCCGUGCACGCACGUCGCGAGUCGUUCCUCUACCGACCAAGUGAGGACACACGCGACGUUGCGCCACGACCGGUUAGUCGCGCGAGCUCCGUCGCCAGCAACGAUCACGGGUACGUUCACCAAUGCCUUUUUUAUACUUCCUUUUAUUUAUUUGUAUCUUUUUAUUCGCAUUAUUAUUUCUUUUUUCUUCCCCGAAUACUUACGCCUAUUGCCUAUUCAAUGUCGUCGACGCCGAUCGUUUAG